UUUUGAUCCAUCGCCCUUCUACAUUCUCUCUUUCUCUUCUCACUUUCGAUCUAUGCAAGAAAAUAAUUCUAUACCACAACGCUGUUCACUCGUCAGACCGCCUCUAUUUGAUUCGCUUCCUUGUUUGUCAUCCUGGAAUUGUGAUAAAAAACCCUCACCGGAAUGUGCCCCAAAUACAACAGCACCUCCUGCUUCCACUUACAGUGGAUCAAGUCGAAGUAGUAGUAUCAAAAGCACGUCUUCUUCACUGUGUCGACGUCAAGUUCGAUUCAGCUCAGAGCCACCCAGUGUUCAUUACUUUGAAUAUGUCAAUGAAGAAGAUAGUGGUCCCGAGAAGGUCACACCAGUAGAGCCCCUUAUGAUCUACUAUCCGCCACCACGCUGCUCAUCCAUGUCUGACCACGUAGCAUCGUCUCCAAAGUACAAUGUGCUGCCAUCUCCACCGGCUUCCCCAAAAUCAAGUCCGACGCAUCAGUCUCUUCCCACUGAUCCCAAGCACAGCUUACACCAUACUUUUAAAUCAUGGGCUCGCAGAUUUUCCUCAGCCUAAGAGUCUAGCAUGCCAUAUACCUCUUUGGUUCCAAGUGUACAAAAAGUUCCUCAUUCUACUUUGUUCUUUCGCAUGUUCUUUUUGCAAAUACUGUCCGUUCCUAGUAAACCUUCCUAAUAGCCGGUGGGUGUCUCCACCGACCUAACCCAAAAUACAUAUACCAUGGGCCGUCUGGCCACACUAAUCUCCCCCCCUAUAAUACACACUUUUUGUCAUUGAACAUAUAAUACACUGACUGGUCUGGUUUAUUUACAUUU